AUGGAGCCUAUUGAAGUUCAAGCGUACUGUUUUGACGACAAGAGUAAGACUCUAUCAGUUGGUACGACUUAUGGAUUUGUUGUGUAUGGACUGGAGAAGAAAGAUCCAUACGUCCGUUAUAAACGUACGUUAGGGAGUGGGAUUGGACUGAUCACGUCAUUGGAAUCCACCGGCGUUGUUGGAUACGUUGGAGGAGGAAAGACGCCGUACUCGCGUGCGAAUGAUGUUGAAGUUUGGGACGACUCCAGUGCCUCAGUGGUUCUGAAGAAGAAAUACGAGAACGACGUCAAAGCUCUUUUGUUGAAGCGGAAGUACUUAAUAGUAGUAUUAGAACAAGUUACUAUAGUUCACAAAAUCUCAUGUGGAGUUACUCUUAGGUACCCGACCUGUGCGAAUCCAUAUGGGUUGGUUGGCUUUUAUGAGAAGACGAAUUGCUUGAUUACAUUGGGAGAGAAAGAAGGGACGAUUGGGUUCAGUAAGUUGACUAACAACGCAAAUGACAAGAACGAGGUUGAUUCGAUAGUGACUUGUUGCAAAAGUGCGAUCACGACGUUGGUGGUGCAUUCUGGCGGAUUGUACGCUGUCGUCUUUUGUCCGAAGAAACAAAGCUUCUCAUUCAUCGAUUUACAAUCGAAAGAAAAGUACCUUGUUAUCAAUCACCAGGGAUCGACUUUGAAACAACCCCCAUUCAUUUCAAUGUCACAAGUCAUUAUGACUGUUGUAUGUGGGGAUUCCAUUUACAUCUAUGACAUCCUUAAAAAGAAGAACAAAAUAUACUCACAGAAGCUUGAGAGAACACAACACGCGGCUGCGUUCUUGUCGAGUACUGGAGGGAUGAAGUUGUUUGUAAUUGAUAAAAGCGGAUUGCUCGACAUCUACGACAUCGACGUGAACGCAAAUCAAGAAGUCUCAUUCAACUUAAUGAUGUCAAAAGGGUUAUUACAGUGA